AUGGCUGCCAGAGAUCAACUUCGAACCAUCUUCGGCUUCAACAACAUGAUCUUCGGCGGAGGAAGCUGUCCAACAUCAUCGCCAAUACCAGCAGUCUUCGCCAGCCUCAGCGUUGCCUCGCAUACCAAGCAACCUCGAACACCAAUGGAAGAAGAAGAAGAGGAGGAGGAGGAGGAUGAGGGAGACUCAUCAAGCCAAGAAUGCUCACCUUCCCCGAUCUUCUUCCGCCAGCUCGCGGAUCCCUUCUCGUCUGAAGCCACCACAGUCCGCAAAGCCGAACAUACCUCCAAUACCAAUCGCUACGGCGUCAGCAUUCUCAACUGGUCUCAACCACCAUCUUCCGCGUACUCUGCAACUUCGCCAAUCUCAUCUCAUCCAUCACCUGAAGCAUCCAUAUUGAACUCUUCCAUCAAGCUACAAGAAGCUCUUGGCUUCAUCACAUCGCCACUACACCGAAGGAAGAGAGUUCAUGUAGAGAAGGAGGAUGGGGAGAUUUUUGGGAAUCGGGCUCGGGGUAGGAGUUUAGAGGAUUCUCCUUGUAAGGACAAGUUGAGGAAGGUGAGGGGGGGAGGGGUUGGGAAGGGUUUGAAGAAGAUGGAUGGAAGGAAGGUGGGAGGGAGGAAGGUUUGA